UGCCCUGUGCACUUCCUAGAAGCGGAGGAAGAAGCCGUGACAGUAUUUUCAGCAUUGGUAGAACUGUCACAGAUGCUGCAUAUUUGACCGUUUAGAAGAAAAGCAACAUUGCACUUAUUUCACAUCUACGCCUGCACACAUUAAUACAGCAUUGAUGGUAGCCUAAUGCAUGCAAGGAAACCACCAAGAUUGAGUGAUGGGUAAACCACGCAUUACUUUACAUUUGAUGUCCUUUCUCACUGGGUUUGCAGAUGCGCAAAUUUGUCUUGUAGAACUGUGUGAUCCGGUGUUCUUGGUGCACCUUUCCGGGUGAACCAAAACAUGUUAAGUUUGGGCUUGUUCGCGUUCCAGCUAACUAGCUUGGAAAUUGCCUGCUGGUGCCUACUUAGCCAGCUGAUCAAACAUAGUAAUUGUGUUUAGCCAUUAACUUUUUAUGUCCUCUUUGUAGACGCAGUGGCCGAAGGGAUUCGAAACCCAGCCAGACCAAUAAGUACCCUUUGAAGAGCCACCCUGUCGCAGAUCAAUAUCACGAAAAAAGUAGAGAUGCCGACUCCACUCCUCCUAGCAAAAUGCUCCGUCGUUCUUCUGGCAGCCCAGAUGUCAAACCUGGCGACUUUAUAGCACACAAGACAAAAGUAGUUAAUGCACAGCGUCCACGAGAGAGAGGUGGCGGAACCAGUUACUCUCCACAAGAAGACUCUCUCAGCCACAGCAGCCAGGGACCAAACUCAGACCCUUAUCCAAGCAAAGCUCCAGACAGGACACACGAGCCUGCAGAUGACUGGUCAGAGCACAUUAGCUCUUCUGGGAAGAAGUACUACUACAACUGUAGAACAGAGGUCUCACAAUGGGAAAAGCCAAAGGAUUGGAUCAAGAGGGAGCAGAGACAAAGGGAGGCCCCAAAAUCCAUGCUGACUGUCAACAGCUUUCCUAAAGAUCGGGACUACAGAAGGGAAGCCAUGCACACUUCAACUCUCAGCGCCUUUCCCAAUAUCAAGGGCGCUGCACCGGACAGCUUGUCCAGCCACCCAGAUUCGUCCCAGGUCUCCUCCUCCUCCUCCUCCUCCAGCACCUUUUCGUCUGUCCCCUCCAGCGCUGCUCAGGACAUAAAACCCUUGGUUGCCUCCUGCUCUUCCUCCACCACCGCCACCUCCACCUCCUCUGCCACCUCCACCUCCUCUGCCUCUUCCUCCUCCUCUGCCCCUCCCACCUCCUCUGCCUCGGUGCCUGGGUCCUCCUCCAUCACACAGUCCUCCAGCGCCUCCCUGCUGCAGGACCAGGCUCUGCUGCGGCAGCUGCUGCCCGCCCUGCAGGCCACGUUGCACCUCAACCAUGCCAACGUCGACGUGGUCAAGCUCAACGAAGCCCUCACUGCCGCUGUCACACAAGCUUCCUUACAGUCUAUGCUUCAUAAACUUCUCACUGCUGGACCGUCUGCUUUCAACAUCACCACUCUGCUUUCGCAAGCUGCGCAGCUCUCCGCACAAGCAGGUCAGACAACAACCCAGUCCCCAAUGUCUCUGCCAUCGGACUCCUCGUCUCCAUGGUCUUAUGUGUCUCCGAGGGUCAGCACCCCGCAUACCAACGCGGUGUCUUUGAGACCCCACCUGGGCACCUCUGCACUCUCUUCCCAGGCGAAGGUUAAUGCAUCACUGGUGAAGCCAGCAUCCAUGGCUGCAGAGGAUCCCCGGCUGCAGAGACAGAAUAGUCAAGGUGGUACCUCACCAGGACCCUACCUUGUGGCAAGCAGAGCAUCUGUGGGCAGCAGCGGAGCUGGGACGCUACCCAGCAGCGCCACCCCUGGCCAACGCCACAACGGCUUUACUCCCUCUCUGGCAACACACUUCGACGUGAAUCUCAUCAGGCAUGUGCAGGGCUGGCCCACAGAACAUGUGGAUAAACAGGUGGUGCGGCUGACGGAGGAUGCCCACAACAUUGGCACUCUGAUCAUGGCCGAACUCUGCGCUGAGCUGAAAAACCUCAGGUCUUUGGUGCGCGUGUCCGAGAUCCAGGCCACGCUGAGAGACCAGAGGAUUCUCUUCUUGAAACAACAAAUCAGGGAGCUGGAAAGGAUGCAGACCUCCUACAUGAUUUGACGACCUGAGACUGAGACUGAGACUUUUGUGACAGCAGAAGCGCCUGAACACAUACACGAACGACCCUUACAGAGCCUGUGAGCUCUGCAGUUGAGGGCGCGUGGUGUGUGAACACUUGAGCCUUGUUGAAGGUGGCAGCUACUUGCCAAGGCUGUCCAGGCCCCAGAGGCAGGAUGAGAGCCCAGAGACAGUGGACCACCUGCAGGCUUGCCUGAGGCCAGAGCCCAAUGUUCCUAGAGCAUCCUGCCCUGCCCAGCCCGUCCAUCCCCCUCCCCGUCACCCUGCGUUACACCCUGCGUGGCAGUGGCACACCUGUGUUUGCUGGACACGGCUGCACCCGCCCACUGCCCCCCACCAAUGGCACCACCAAAUACUGCGAGUCAACCAAGCAUAUCCAUCCCUGCUUGAUCCUGUUCGGUCUCAUUCCACCUUGACUCUAUUUUUUUAUUUUCCUUUUAUCCUGUUUUUUUAUUAUUAUUUUGUUUUAUGAAAAAAAAGACUGAAGAACUGCAUUGGGGCCAAUAUCAUGUGUCCAUUCCAUAUGUAUAGUUGUUAAAAGAGUUAAUACAGACUAAAGUUGACUGUAAUUCUAACAGGUGUGGGAUGGUGGUGUGAGUACAUUUGCACAUGCAUAACUGCAUUUUCUGACAUCAAGGCAUAACACACUGCUGAGCCUUUUGGUAGAGAAAGCCUUGUGAGGUCAUCAGCAUGUGCCAAUGUUGUCAGGGAGGGGAGGUGUAGUUCAAACAGCUCUGCCUUUGCAUGGAACAUCAAUGAUAUCAUGCACUUUCUUUUUUUCCUUUGAAGUUAAAAAACGUGGGGAAAAUAUUUUUUGUUUGUUUGUAGCGUAUACAGUUGCAGAAGUGUGGCUUUGAGCCUCUUCUGUGUGCACUCACUGUGUUCCUUUUUCUUGCCUUAUGAGUGUGGUGUCUGUAAUGUCAAGCUCCCACCAGCCACAAUUUGCUACUGAUGGGAUGACAAGAAGGGCAUAGCUUUGUAUAUGGUUCAUAAAAUAUAUGAAAAUAAACAACUGUUCUAACA